UUGUGGGUGUGGCUAUGCUUAUUUGUGGGUGUGGUUAUGCUAAUGAGACGUGAGCGUGGUUUUGCCGGUAUCUCCCUGGCAACCGCGUCCCGGUGGGCGGGGCUUCCCCACCUCUCUCACUUCUCAUUGGUCCGCCGCCGUUUCCCGCCGCCGUUCUCGCUGCUGAUUGGUCAGCGGCGUUGCCGGGGCUCCGUGAGGGCUCCGUGAGGGCUCGGCCAUGGCGGCGGCGCUGGAGGAGGCCGUGGGCACCGUGUGCUGGUGGGGGCUGUCCCCGGCCAUCGAUCUCCGCCUGCACCUGCCGCCGGGAGCGGAGGCCUCGGUGCUGCUGGUGGGGGCGGCCGAGGGCCGGCACCUGCUGAUGACGGCGGCCCGGGCCCGCCGGGGGCCCCCCCCGCGACAUCACGGUACCGGCAAGCGCGAGGGGACACCGGGAGGGGCACCGGGACGGGGCGAAGGCCCCGGUGUUACCGGCGCUCUCCCGCAGCUCUUCGUGGCCGAGCAGAGCCCCGAGCCCGUGGCUCGCCAGCUGCUGUUCCUGCUGCUGGCGCUGGAGGCACCGGAGCGGCCCAGAGCCGCAGGCCGCGCGGCCGCGCUGCUGGAGCUGCUGGGCUCGGGCUCGCUGGGGCCGCGCACGGCGGCGCUGCUGCGGGGGGCGGCGGGGCGCCUGCGCCGCUGGCUGCGGCACCAGCCGGACCGGGACCGGGAACCGGACCGGGAACCGGACCGGGACCCGAGCGGGCCCGCCGACCUGCGCCUCAUGAAGUGCCGGGACCGGGACGCGCUCGAGGCGGUUCUGCAGCGCUGGGAGCGGGCGCUGCCGGGCCCGGGGCCGGUACCGGAGGCAGAACCGGGCCGGGGUUCGGUACCGGAGGCCGAGGCGGUACCGGGCCCCCCGGGCUGGGACCGGCGGCUGCGGCGGCGCCUCGGGGCCCGGUACGAGUCGCGGGCGGCGGUGGCGGACUGGGAGCUGCGGAUGGCGCUGCACCCGCGCGGGGCCACCUCGGUGUCCCCGGCCGAGUUCGGGCGCUGGCGCGAGAGCGGCGACGCCUUCGGGGGAGGGGGCGCGACCCCCAACCCCACGGUGCUGAGCGACCCCCGGCCCCGCGCCGACGGGCGCUCGGUGUCGCCCCCCGCCUACUGGGGGGACACGGUCACCGGCCCCUUCCUCAGCUUCGGCCUCGACCCCGCCGGGCUGCGCAGCCCCCCCCAAGACGGCCACCGAGCUGUCCCUGGCCGUGGUCACCGCGCUGCUGCACGAGCUGCUCACCGGGGAGCCCCCCGGGGACCCCCCCGGGCACCGGGACCCCCACCCCGGGCACCGGGACCCCCACCCCGGGGACCCCCCCGAGGAGCGGGACCCCCCCCCGUGAGGAUUGCAGCCCCCUGGGGCGCUGCCGUUGCUGACCCCCGCCUGGGGGCUCUGGCGGCCCCCGGGGCGACGCUGCUGCUGGAGCUGCCCACGUUCGUGCCCGCGCUGCGCCCCCCGCAGCUGGCGGCGUUCCGCGCACGCGCGGUGGCGCUGGCGCGGGCGGGGGGCUUCGAGCCCUGGGGGGGGCCCGGGGAGCCCCCGGCCCACGCGCGCUUCCGCCGGCCGCCCCCGCGCUGAGACCCCUCCCCAAAUUACCCUCCCUGGCCCCCAGACCCCUCCCCAAAUUACCGUCCCUGUACCCGAGACCCCUCCCCAAAUUACCCCUAAAAUCAGCCCCCAAAUUCCAGUCCCUGUGCCCGAGACCCCUCCCCAAAUUAGCCUUUCAGGCCUUGAGACCCCUCCUCGAAUUACCCCCCAAAAUCAGCCCCCAAAUCCCCCCCAAAUUCCACUCCUGGCACCCGAGACCCCUCCCCAAAUUACCCUCCCUGGCCCUGAGACCCCUCCCCAAAUUACCCCCAAACUCAGCCCCAAACUCAGUCCCCAAAUUCCCAUCCCUGUGCCCGAGACCCCUCCCCAAAUUGACCUCCCUGUCCCUGAGACCCCUCCCCAAAUUGACCUCUCAAUACCUGAGACCCUCGACCCAAAUCUGUCCCCCAAAUCCCCUCCCGGUGCCCGAGACCCCUCCCCAAGUUAUCCUGCCUCAAACCCCCCCCAGAAUCUCCCCGGGACCCCCAAAAUCCCCUCCCAGGGCCCCUUUAAGCCCCGCCCACUCCCAUUGAUAACCCCGCCCCCGCGCGAGGCCACGCCCCCUCCCAUUCAUAAAGCGCCGCCGCGUUCCCACGGCUCCGGCCCCGCAGAAGCUUCCGAAUGGCCGAGGAGGAGGACACCUCGGUGAGACCCCUCCCCCACUCCCCUCCCCGCUCCAUUUUUGGGGACCCCCCCCGUUAACCCCUGGCUCCCCGUGGCAC